GCAGAAGUACCUUACCGAGCGGGGUGCCCUGAUGACGCUUUGUCACCUCAUCAGCGCUGAGCAGAGGGGCAAGCUGUCAACUGGCGACAGGCAGGUUCUGAACAUCUUCCAACGCUCCAAAGCGGAUAGGCAGAUGCAGUGUUUGGCUCCAGUGCGAUACGUUCCUGUCUUGACCAAGACAGACUUGUUCGAGUCGGAAGAGGUUGAAGGCUUCCGGCAAGCUUUGGGCCAGACCCUGUCAACUCUCAAGCAACCGUCGGACGUGAUAGCUUGCACAUCGAUGAGCCCUGAGGGAAUCGAGGGCUUCCAAGAUGUUGUUGGCGAAGCAGCCCGAAGAGGUUGGGACAGCCUAGACGAGUGGAUUUCUGACGCCCAGAGGAUGAGUCGCCCUCCUUCCGGCAGAAACAAGGUGGACCGACGACAAGUUAAACAAGCGUAUACAUCCACAGCAAAGCGAUCUGCCAAUCGACCUGCUCGCGGUGGCAAGGGUGCUCGUACCUUCCUGCCGCCGCGCGUGUGA